UUAUUCAAAUAAAUAAUAAUAUUAAUAAUUAAUAGUUAUAUGAAAGCCGCGCGCGUUUUACGCUCACGCGACUUCAAAACGCUUCGCACAUACACAAGUUUCGGUGCAAAACGGGUAAAAACAUAAUCGAAUAAUUGCAAAUCGCAAAACUAUGCUAGGCAUUAGAUAAAUUACUAGAUUUAAUUGGGUGUUGGAACUGAAUUCCGAACGUAAUUGAAACGCGCGCAAGCGAAUGCUAGAUUGCCGGCCGCAUUUUCAAAUUUAAUUAUAAAUACACACACACACCUACAUAUAAAUAUAUGCAUAUAUAUAUUUAUUUAUUUAUAAAUACAAACAAAAUAUAAAUUCAAACAUACGCAUAUGCCUAGCCAAGUGAAGUGGACAGCGCCAGCAUGGGACCAAUCCGACGCUAGACAGAGAUAGAUAGAUARAUACACCUGACAAGCGCAACAAUAAGCGAAGCAACAUGGACUACGCCAAAGUGGAGGCCAGCAUCAAUACGGGCAACAUCAGCAAUGAUGACUUCCUGGCCGUAUUCUCGAGCGCUGCCACAAUAACAACAACAGCUGCCACAGCCGGAGCAGCAUCAUCAUCGCUGGCCCAUGGCAAUCCGCCGGCCGCACUCAAUCCGCCGCUGGUGACAGUCGAUGGGCAGGUCCAGCUGCCGAAUCUGCUGGAGAUGCAGCCGCCAGUGAAUGAUACGAUCUAUCUGCUGAAUGGCAGCCUCUACAACAACAGCCUCCAGCUGGCGGGCAGCUACUACAAUCAGACGACGGCCAAUAUGAGCCUGGGCCUGCUGGCCAACAGCAGCAACGGCACGGAGGUGCACUGGGAUGGCCGGUAUCCGAGCGGCUAUACGCUGACGCACAUUGUGAUCGCCUCGAUCAUUGUGACCAUACUGAUGAUCAUCAUUGUGGUGGGCAACAUGCUGGUGAUCAUUGCGAUAGCCACCGAAAAGUCGCUGAAGAACAUACAGAACUGGUUCAUUGCCUCGCUGGCCGUGGCCGACUUCUUUCUGGGCCUCAUCAUAAUGCCCUUCUCGCUGGCCAACGAGCUGAUGGGCUACUGGAUCUUCGGCAGCUGGUGGUGCGACAUACACUCGGCCAUGGACGUCCUCCUCUGCACAGCCUCGAUCAUGAAUCUGUGCCUCAUCUCGCUCGAUCGCUACUGGAGCAUCACCAAGGCCGUUGACUAUCUCAAGUCGCGCACGCCCGCCCGCGCCGCCGUCAUGAUCACCGCGGUGUGGAUAAUGUCGGCGCUGAUAUGCAUUCCCCCGCUGCUCGGCUGGAAGGUCAAGAUGCCCGAGGGUCCGCUGCCCAAGUGUGAGCUGAGUGAGGACAUUGGCUAUGUGCUAUACUCGGCGCUGGGCUCCUUCUACAUACCCAGCUGCAUAAUGGUCUUUGUGUACAUACGAAUCUACUUUGCCGCGAAGGCGCGAGCGAGACGCGGCAUUAAAAAACAUCCGCGCAAAACAAACAACGAACAGGUAACGAGCUUCACCACCGCCAACAAGAAAGGAACAAUACCGAUGCCAUCCUCCAGCGGCGCCACGCAGCUGCAGCUGCACCAGCAGCGACAAAUAGCCACCAUUGAGACCCCACCGAACAGCGCGACGAUGCCGAUGCAAAUACCGACAGUCACCAUGGACUUGGCCUCGGACAUAUCCACCUCGGAGGCCGGCGAGCUGGAGGCCGUGGCCGCCCAGACGGUGCUGGCCUAUGCUAAUCCCAAUGGUGGCUCCGGCUCAGCCACAGCGCUAGGCAGUGCUCCCUGCUCGCCGAAGGAGACACUGCAAGUCAGCACCAUUGCCACGGGCCGUGGCAUCGGACUCAAUGUGCCCGUGCCGCCGUCCAUGGGCAGCAACAACUCCAUCAACGUGCUGAACAACAACAAUGGGUGCGUGGCCAGCGAGGGCGUGGCUCGAGCCAACGCGCUGGCGGGCAACAGUGGGGCGACUGCAGCGAGUGGAGCGAGCGGUGGUGCUAGUGGUGGUGCUGGCACGGCUACCAGCAACGAGCUGCGCGUCUCGCCCGUUGCCGGACGCUGUCGUGCCCUCUCAGUGGGCGUGGACACGGAUAUGGUGAGUGAAUUCGAUCCUUCCAGCUCGGAUUCGGGCGUGGUCAGCCGCUGUGCGGUAGUUAAGCCGCUCAAGUUUCGCCUUUGCCAGCCCAUCUUCGGCCGCAAAGCGAACCAGCAGCGCCGCAACGAGGCCAAGGCAGCCACCGUGGCGGCCAAGAACAACGCCGCGGCGGCGUCCAAGUCGAAGGAGCUAGCCGCCAAAACCGAGCUCGAGCCGGCCAUACCCAAAACACCAAAGCCCCGCGAUCCGGAGAAGGAGAAGCGACGCAUCGCACGCAAGAAGGAGAAGCGGGCCACGCUCAUACUGGGCCUGAUCAUGGGCAGCUUCAUCGCCUGCUGGCUGCCGUUCUUCUUUCUGUAUAUCCUUGUGCCCGCCUGUAGCAAUCACUGCAAUAUACCGGAGUCGGCGUUUGCGAUUGCCUUCUGGUUGGGCUACAUGAACUCGGCGCUGAAUCCGGCCAUCUACACCAUAUUCAACAAGGACUUCCGACGCGCGUUCCGGCGCAUCCUGUUCAAGUGAUGUUUGGCCUACGUGUGCUGUUACAGGUGCGUUUAUGCGAGCAUCGAGAAGGCUACCGAACGUGCCAUGGGCAGCACACCCAUGGGCUAUGGGCACGGCAUGUAUCAGCAUUACAGGCGUUAGUUUUGCUUGGUUUAUGGGGGCAUGCCCCUCUACCCUCCACCCACUACCAGUACGGGGUAUCAUUCUCUAAGCAUAUUAAGUUCACUAUUCAGCUCAACAGUUUUUGUGACUUAUUUUAGUUAAUCAUCUGUUAUUAAGAUUCAAUUUUUGCUUUAAGGUAACGAACAUUGUAGCUCAUGUCAAAAGCAAUGAACGGCUGUGAAUUUGAUGGAAUCUCUCAAUUUCAAUUUUGCAACAAUUUUUAGUUUCAUUUUCAACUGUGAACUUGAACCACAGCUGCU